AUGGGAUAUAAUUUGGUUGUCGUUAUAGAAAACGAAGAUAGCUCGAUUUUGAGUGUAUUAAACGAUGCAGCUUCGAGUGCUGAGAAGGAUUUUGGUAACGAUAUUAUAACUGUACAUUUGUCUAAGGUCGAAGUAGAUCGAGAACAUUUAAAUGAGACUUUUCAAAAAGUCUGUGCUGCACUUUACAAGGGUGUAAGUUUAAUAUUAGACAUGACUUGGUCCGGAUGGGAUUUAUUACGAGUGAUAGCUGAAAGUAAAGGUAUCGUUUACAAACGUGGCGAUUGUAGCAUAAAUCCUUACGUUCAGGCCAUCGAUGAUUUAUUGUUAAUGAAAAAUGCAACCGACGUUGGUUUGAUUUUUGAAGAUGAAAGAGAACUCAAUCAAAGUUUGUACUAUCUCAUUGGAAUUUCAAUAAUCAGACUGGUUGUUAUUGACGAGUUUACUGAUAGAACAGUAUCUAAAAUACGAAGUAUGAGACCAUCUCCUUCUUAUUAUGCAAUUUAUUCGGGUACCUACAAGAUGGAGGAAUUUUUUAAAACUGCUAUCGAAGGUGGUUUAGUUAAAAGGGACGACAUUUGGAAUUUAAUUUUCACCGAUAAUCGUUAUAAAGAUUUCAAAUAUAUUAAUAUGGAUUCGCUUAAUGUAUCCUGCACAAUUUUGACUAUGAAUCCUGAUGUUUGUUGUCAUUUGUUGGGCGAAGCUAAUUGCAAUUGUCCAAUCGAUUUUCAGAUAUUUCCAAUCUGUUUCAAACGUUUGAUCGGUCUGAUGGUCAGCGUCAUGAACGAGAUACAAAAGUCUGGAAUCAGUGUGGAACCUAAAUCAGGUCAAUGUCCUUCGGAUUUGACUAUAACUCCAGAACCAUCGACUUCGAACGAAACUUCUGAGGCAUUCAAUAAAUUGUUAAUGUCUAGAUUGAACAACAACGAUACAUUCGAAUAUUGGCAAGAUAAAACAACGAUCACGUACAAAGCUGAAAUUUCUUUGCAAACUCUUGAACGGGGAGUAUUAAAACCACUUGGUACAUGGACCAGAGGGAAGAUCGUUGAAGCUCCGGGUACCCAUAUUCAUCCUGCCAAAAGAUUCUUUCGUAUUGGAACUACUAAAUCAAUACCAUGGUCGAUGCCAAAGAUAGAUCCAGAUACUAGUCAAGUAAUGAGAGACUCUGAUGGUAACGAGAUAUGGGAAGGAUAUUGUAUCGAUUUUAUCGAGAAACUAUCGAUAGAAAUGCAAUUUGAUUACGAAUUGGUAAUUCCCAUGGAUCAUUCUUUCGGUGAAAAGUUACCAAAUGGUCAAUGGAGUGGACUGGUUGGUGAUUUAGCUAAAGGAGAAACAGAUAUUGCGGUUGGUGCAUUAACGAUGACUUCGGAAAGAGAAGAAGUUAUUGAUUUUGUUGCACCUUAUUUCGAACAAUCCGGUAUUCUCAUAGUUAUGAGGAAACCUGUUCGAAAGCCAUCACUGUUUAAAUUUAUGACAGUAUUAAGGCCUGAGGUUUGGUUAAGUAUUGUCGGUGCUUUGACCCUUACUGGGAUUAUGAUUUGGAUAUUAGAUAAAUAUUCACCGUAUAGUGCUAGAAAUAAUAAAAGACUUUAUCCUUAUCCUUGCAGAGAGUUUACGUUAAAAGAAAGUUUUUGGUUCGCUUUAACUUCAUUUACACCGCAAGGUGGUGGAGAAGCACCAAAAGCAUUGUCAAGUCGAACACUCGUGGCUGCUUAUUGGUUGUUUGUUGUGCUUAUGUUAGCUACAUUUACUGCUAAUUUGGCUGCUUUUCUUACCGUCGAAAGAAUGCAGUCACCAGUUCAAUCUCUGGAACAAUUGGCACGUCAAUCACGAAUAAAUUACACGGUACGUAUGAAUUCAGGAGCUCAUCAAUACUUUAUAAACAUGAAGAAUGCCGAGGACAAACUUUAUACCGCUUGGAAAGAAAUCACUUUGAACAGUACCAGUGAUCAAGUAGAAUAUCGUGUCUGGGAUUAUCCCAUAAAAGAACAAUAUGGACAUAUAUUACAAGCUAUUACUCAAGUUGGACCAGUUAAAACUAUGGAAGAAGGUUUCAAAAAAGUUAUAGACAGUGAGAACGCUGAAUUUGCAUUCAUACAUGAUUCCUCGCAAAUCAAAUAUGAAGUUACAAGAAAUUGUAAUUUAACUGAAGUAGGUGAAGUGUUUGCUGAACAACCCUACGCCAUUGCAGUUCAACAGGGUAGUCAUCUGCAAGAGGAAAUAAGUAGAAGAAUACUUGAUUUACAAAAGGACAGAUAUUUCGAAACUUUGGCGUCUAAAUACUGGAAUCAAUCUUUGAAAGCUCAGUGUCCUAAUUCUGAUGAUAGCGAGGGCAUAACUUUGGAAAGUUUAGGUGGAGUUUUCAUAGCAACUUUGUUUGGUCUCGCUUUGGCAAUGAUCACAUUAGCUGGUGAAGUAUUAUACUAUCGUAAAAGAAACGCUUCUCAAGGAAAACCAAAGAAAAAAGAAUCAAAAAAUACGAAGAAAACAGAAAACGAUGAAAAAUUGAUUAUACAAAAAUUAGCCUCGAAAUUACAAAUGAAACCUGCACCAACCGAUGCAUUUUUCAACAGACACCAAUCAAUUGGUCAACCACGUGUAUCACAUAUAUCCGUUUAUCCACGAAACUUUCCUUUUAAGGAGUGAUCUCUUACAAUUAUUAAUCAUUGAUAUAACGAUCGUUAUAAAUAUAAUAUUAUGAUGUAUAUAAAGUAAAAUAUUUUCAAUAGGAAAUCCGUUAAAAGUAAAAAUAAAUAAAUAUUU